AUGGGUAUGAUCAAGAAGCAGACCGAUCCAAGUGAGACUGGCGGCUGCAUCGUGAUUCGUGAUGCCAAAAGCCACGCUGUGAAGCGUGCUAGGGGCCAGACCUCGCAGAUUGUCCCACAAGGAAAACGAAUUCGGCCCAUUGAGUUCUACGUGCAGAGCCACGACAAUAUCCAGAAGCUGGAAGUGCCAUCACAGACGUUCUUUCUUGAUACCAAAACGUUCAGCAGCCAGAAUGAGGCGGUCGCAGACGCCCAAAGGGGAAUGGUUGGCAGCGAACUUGAGCGAUUCAAAGAGAUCAACCUGCUGGACAAGCUCGGUCGGUAUAUGAACAAAAGAGAAGUCGAGGAUGGUACUGACCAUGAUCUCGUGGACGAUAACACCUCGAACAAGCACAGUGAGCACUUCAUCCAUUUCUUCCAACGUCUUGGCAACGUAAGCGUUUGGCGCUUCGUCAAUGGCGCCAUGCAGUUCAACUUUCCAGAUCACACGAAGCUCAUCAUCUACCAAGACACUGGAGUGCGGUCGACUUCCGAACAUUGCAUUGAUAUGAUCUACCUGGAGCCCAAGGACGCCAUCGAUGUCGCUAAGUACGGCCGCCUGACUCGAGAUGCACUGGAGAGAAGAGACCAGAUGACGGUGAGCUUGCUGGACAUCAUGAGGGGCGAAGGCCUGCGAUCCAACGAGGCAGAGAUUGUUCGAACGAACGAGAUCCAGGAAAAGCUGCAGUGGAUUCGCGCGGUGCUCUCCAUCUGGAUCCGAGAGGGCGGCGUUGGCUUCAUGGGCGAGGAGAAGCUGGGCUGGACAGGGCUGCAGGAGAGGAGAGAUGAUAAGAAGAAUGUGAUGCAGUGGGUUACGGUUGGGAAGCUGGGCGGUGAUGCGUGA